GCCAAUAGCUCUCUGGUUAUGUUGCAUUCAAAAUUGCUGCUUUUUGCGAUUCAGAAACCCACGACUAACAGGAAACGCAAGCUCAUUAAAUGGCUUCAACGUAAAAAGUUACUAGCAAGGAGAGUAAAGUGUUCAAGAUGUGGCCAUAAUAUGACAAUGGAGAGAAAUAGAAGACAUGUCGACGGUUUUCAUUGGAUGUGCAGACAUAAAAGUCAUCGAGGCAAGAAAACCAGCCGAUCAGUGCGAGUCGGGUCUCUCUUUGAGAAAUCAAAACUCAGCUUGUCAUCUUGGCUAAUGUUCAUUUACAGGUUCACUCAGGGGUUACGGAUCAGACAAAUUGAUAUGAUGCAAGAUGGCAUUGCAAAAAGCUCCAAAACACUCUCUAAGAUGGCUCGUAUCAUGAGGAAUGUUUGCCACUGUGCUAUGAAACGAUUCAGAAGAAGACAUGGACAGAUGAUUGGAAGUGCUCUGGAAUUUGCCGUUCUUGAUGAAAGUAACUUUCGUCAUAAAAGAAAGUAUGGACGAGGGAGAGCAUCAACAACAUGGAGGCGAAAGAAAUGGGUGUUUGGCAUUCUAGGUGUGAGGAAUAAACACAGACACCCAAUCUUGCGGCUUGUGAAAAGAAGAUCAAGAACACACCUCGUCCCCAUAGUUGUGAAACAUGUGCGUCCAGGCACUACCAUUAUUUCAGAUGAGUGGAGAGCCUACCGGGGUGCUUUGGCCAGCAUGGGCUACAGACAUUUCACAGUAAACCAUUCCCAGUGGUUUGUAGACCCACACAGUGGAGCUCACUCACAACACAUUGAAAGAGCGUGGCUGACAUACAAAACGAACGUAUGGAGACUAAGAGGAAAUAGGACAGAGAAGAUGCUAAAAGAACACCUCUCACUCAUAGAGUGGACUCACUGGCUUGGGGAAAAACAUAAGCAGGGACCACUUGGGCGCAUAAUAAAAGACAUAUGCCAUCAAUUUCUUGUUUAGAGGACAACAAGCUGAACAUUUGUAUUUUGUGUAAAACAUAAGUAAAAUAAAGGUUAAAAUACAAGUUACCUUAACCUCUUGAUUUAAGAUGUACUGACAUUUAAACCUUUGUAAAAUAAAAGGUGUGUUUUACC